CAUUAUUAGGCUAUGUGAAAGUGAAUAAAUGUGUGUGUGUGUGUGUGUGUGUGUGUGUGUGUGUGUGUGUGUGUGUGUGUAUUUAGUUAUAAAUGUGUGCUGUAUAAGUUAGCCUAUAAUACUUUUGGAAAUUAUAACUUAAAACAAAAACAAAUAAUAACCCAUAAAGAUACAUUAUAAUAAUUGUAUUAUAUGGAUAAUUAGCAAUUACUUAAUAUACAUUUUAACAUUACUUUACUCUAGCACAGCAGUCAGUAAAACAAUGCCACAAUAAACUGAAUGAUUCAUAUGUAGGAAGGCUACAUCUUAAGGUAAGUCUGUUUUUCUAAAAUAUUACACUUCAAUACGUACAGAAUGUGCGCGUUAAGAAACGUUCAAAUUGGUCGUCUCAACAUGGUAAAACUGUGCGUCUUUACACGCACUAAAGUAACGCGACGAAAACUGACGCCUUAACACGACCAGAAUGAGCGUGUCUACACGUUCAAAAGAAACACGUAAAAAAUUGCCGCGUUAACGCGAACAAACAGCGCGUGUUGACGCGGUCAAAUUUCACGCGUUUCGUAAAUAGACUAUUGGCCCCGUUCGCGUUCCAUAGAAAGGCUACGCUUCGCUACGCUUCGGCCGCCAUUAUGCGUCGAUGCGUAGCCAAAUGUGUCGUCCUAGUUUUUGAUACGCGACGCACCGAUGCGCGCAAUACUACGCGGUGUCGGUGAGGGCGACAUUGCAAGUAUUGUACAUUAAUUCAAGUAUAUCAUAUCCAAUCGGGUAGCGGUGAUUUAGGUGAGUGUCCGGGAGAAAGCGGACGACUUUUGAUAGCAAUACAUCAAAUUUUGGCGCCGACAUCCUAAAAUAUUGGAAAUGUCUCUCCUCGUCCAUGCUUCGCAUGGGAAGCACCAGAGACACAAACUCACCAUCCUGAUCCCUUUAUUGAUUUAAAGGGCGAACAUACCACCGUCUAUCUCUGCGCUGCCUUUGAUGCCGCCUAUAUAAAAUCAGCAAUAUGCACUCCUCUUCAGUUGCCAUUUUGGUCUGAAUAUGACGUGACCCGACUCUACUAAUAUCACCAGACUCUACUACCCCCUGUUGCGGGAGCGGUGUAUUGCAUUUCACGCAUCGCCCGUGACACGUGCGUCUGCUUGCGGACUAUGAAAGGGAGCACGUCGCUCGCGUCACUCGCGUUGCUUGCUUGCGUAGCUCACGUUGACUAUGUAAGGGCCCAUAUGCUAGCCUUGUAUGGUUCAUAUUAGAAGGGCUUUGGUUGGGCAGGCACGCAAACCCGGAAAAGCAAGCGAAUGUCGUUAUGAAUUAAACAAAAGCAUUCGGAAGGGCUCCAUGUGUUUUUCUUCGUGAAAGAGUAGCUAAAGAUCAAGUUUGAAAAUAUUAUGUUAACAAACAAAACGCUCACUGAGCACUGUUAUAAACUGUGCAAGUAUUAAUCGUAUUUAUUAUAAUCGAAGUCUUUAAUCUAAUAUUUUUGUUUGUAGAGGAAGAUUCAGGGAGUUGUUUAUAUUAUAACGCUACAAUUUAACGUAAGGAUUCGACUAGUUUAAAUUGGUUUAAACGGCCUCAGAUAAUGCAGACUUAAAUUUCGUCUUUGUUGCUAUUGUGGUAUUAUAACAACUGGUAUUGCUCCUGUUGACGUUCACAACAGUGCUGUGCAUUUUGCAUAUUCUUACGAGAGCCUGAUUGUGGUUUUAAUAGAUUAAUCGGAUAUCUAACGGUCCGGAGAGAAAGUUGUUCAUCCAGAAUGACUCUGGCAGUGUUUUUUGGCUGUGCUUUCAUCGCGUUUGGUCCAGCUUUCGCCCUGUUUGUCUUCACUAUCGCCAAAAAUCCAUUGAGAGUCCUCAUUCUGAUAGCAGGGGCAUUUUUCUGGCUGCUGUCUCUGCUGUUUUCUUCUCUAGUGUGGUUCAUCAGCGUUAAGGCCAGUAAUGCAGAAAAUGGGACACUUCAGAGGGGGCUUCUGAUAUUUGGAGUUUUCUUUUCUGUCUUAAUUCAAGAGGUGUUUCGCUUCGGUUAUUAUAGAUUGCUCAGGAAGGCUAACGAUGGUCUGGCAACCAUUAGUGAUGAUGACAGUUCAGCCAUUUCAGUCCGGCAGAUGGCUUACGUAGCUGGACUGGGCUUUGGGAUCAUGAGUGGUGCAUUCUCAAUGAUCAAUAUCCUGUCUGUCUCUCUGGGUCCUGGGACCGUUGGCAUCUUUGGAGACUCACAGUAUUACUUCAUUACAACAGCUCUGAUGACUCUGGCACUGACGCUGCUGCAUACAUUCUGGGGCGUGGUGUUUUUUGAGGGCUGUGAGAAGAGCCGCUGGUGGGUCAUCGGUGUUGUCGUGUCUCUUCACCUGCUGGUCGCUGGCCUGUCACUUCUGAACCCACUGUAUGAGGCCAGUCUGCCUCCUGUAUAUGUGAUCACGCUGCUGAUGGGCAUAUGGGCGUUUUUCUCAUCUGGAGGGUCACUGCAAAACCUCACUGCUCUUUGCACACGCAGGAAAGCAGAAGAGGAAUCCUCAUAAGAUCUUGUCAUUACGUGUCUAUGAGACGCAGGACAAUAGCACAGCUGCUCAUCUGAAUCGCAGCAGUUUGUGGUUUUCACCAGCAUAAGCAAGAGGAGAUCAGACAUGUCCCCUCCAUCAUGACUUGUCUCACAGAGCAAACCGGAUUUUCACAGAAAUGCUGUUUGAUCCCAUUGCUUAUGAAUGACGAACAUGCUGAUCAGAAUGAAUACGUUUUUGAUUAAUUCUUAUCUUAUAUUCCAUAUUAUUAAUAUCCAUAUAAUUAAUAAUUAAUAUAUUCCAUAUUAUUUUGUUUUAAAACAAUGUCAUUGGUGAAUUUAUUUGAUUAAAUCAUGAUUUUGAGUUUUCUUUGUUGAAAAUGUCAUAUAUUCCAGUGCCAAUUUAAAGGGAUUAACUAGAUUAACGAUCAUGUCCAAAAAUGUCAUUCUCUUUUACUCAUUUUACACAGAGACAAGUGCAUUUGCAUUUACUUAAGACCUUUAAUUUUCAAAUCCAGCGGAACAAACUUCUUUAGCAGAUCAGUGUCUGAUUAUGAGAUGUUUUUCUUUUUUCUUUUUUUUGGGAUUCUUUGUUUCUCCGUUAUUAAAUUCAUUUUUGAUUACGUUUGUUAACACAUACUAUAACAAUCUCAGAUCUCAUCCUCUGUUCUCAUCUAAAACAGAUUGUUGACUCCAUUCUCAAUAUAUUUAUAACAAUUGAAUCCAACCUUUAAAUGUAUUGACAGUAAGCAAUAUCUGGGUAUUACAGAUCCUUCUAUUCAUUCAUUAAUAAAACUGGUGCUUGCACAUUGUCCUGGCAAGUUGCAUUUUCAUCAUAUAAUUGUUCUCUCAACCAUCCAGUUGUUUGGGACCAUCAUAAUAAUAUUCAACUGAGCAUAUUAUUUCCUGAAUAUUUGUCUGUGCAGUAAAUCAGAGUUGGAAUUACAACUAACAUUGCACACAACAUAGCUAUAAUACCUAAACCAGCAUGCUAACAUCACUGUGUUUAGUAACACAUUCCCUGUUUUCCAAUCAUGGCCUUAACAAAAAAACUUUCACCAAGCACUCAUUUUGGUACAUCACAAACCCCAGCAGAAACUGAGCUGGGUUCACACAGUUCUUUUAGAGCUACCAAAUUGUCAGCUGGACAAUAUUAACUAAUGGGCAUUUUGGUGCCAUAAAUGUUCUGGUUCUUAUCAGAGAUCAUAUCAGACAGCUCUUUAAACACUGUACGGCCUUCAGUAAGCACCAAAAUGCAGUAUACCCUGACCUGGUAAAAAUGUAUUAAUGUAAAUGUAUCUUUUUCUAUGAACUCUUGUACUUGUUCCUUGUGUCUGCAUUUAAGCUGUUUCUGGUCCAUAUUUCAGUUUGGGAUCCUGCAUUGGAGGGUAUGUAGUCGGAUCUCUCUCUCUCCAUCUUUUGUUCUGUUCUUACAUUGGACACAAUAAAAACUACUGGUGCUUUUCUGGAUUUCAAAUAUAACGAUUUGUAAUUAUGUAACAUUUUAAUGCUGCUUUAUAAAGUUUGCACAUAUCUGUUCAUAUUAAAACAUUAUU